AUGGCCUCCAAAGAUGAUGUCGUCUUAAACGCUACCCACCACCAUCCUUCCCCAUCUCUUCACAAGGUCACACCGUCGGGGGUACAAGCGACGUUAAAAACACCACGACUCCCGCUCAUCGCCAGCGGUCGUGAGCUCGCCAACUCGGCUUCGGCUCCCGUUUCCGGCAACGGUCGUGAGCUCGCCACUCGACUUCGACUCGGCCGGCAACUUGACUUCGGCUCCCGUUUAUCGCCAGCGGUCGUGAGCUCGCCACUCGACUUCGACUCGGCCGGCAACUCGACUUCGGCUCCCGUUUCUUUCGCCAGCGGUCGUGAGCUCGACAAUUCCGCCUACGGCUCCCGCUUACCGGCAGCGGUCCGCUUCGGCGUGCACCGUAUCAAGGUCCCCAUCGGCUCCCGUUUCUCGGCAACGGUCGUGAGCUCGCCAAUUCCGCCUACGGCUCCCGCUUACCGACAGCGGUCGCAGCGCUUCGGCGUGCACCCCAUCAAGAUCGGUUCGUUCCGCCUACGGUCGUCGCCAAUUCCACCUACGGUCGUCGCCAAUUCCGCCUACGGUCGUCGCCAAUUCCACCUACGGUCGUCGCCAAUUCCACCUACGGUCGUCGCCAAUUCCGCCUACGGUCGCCAAUUUCGCCUACGGUCGUCGCCAAUUCCACCUACGGUCGUCGCCAAUUCCGCCUACGCUCGCCUUUCGCCUUCGGAGACAGGAGAACUACAUCGAACCCUGAUUCCCCCAGCCGGGAUAUGUAGGCAGCGGCUCCGGCCGUGCGGGUGUCACUUCACGUCGCCAAUUCCACCUACGGUCGUCGCCACUUCCGCCUACGGUCGCCAAUUCCGCCUACGGUCCGCCAAUUUCGCCUACGGUCGUCGCCACUUCCGCCUACAGUCGCCAAUUCCGCCUACGGUCCGCCAAUUCCGCCUACGGUCGUCGCCACUUCCGCCUACGGUCGCCAAUUCCGCCUACGGUCGUCGCCACUUCCGCCUACGGUCGCCAAUUCCGCCUACGGCAGCGGCUUCGGCCGUUCGGGUGUCACUUCACUUCGCCAAUUUCGCCUACGGUCCGCCAAUUCCGCCUAUCGUCGCCAUUCCCCCUACGGUCGCCUUUCGCCUUCGGAGACAGGAGAACUACAUCGACCCCUGAUUCCCCCAGCCGGGAUAUGUAGGCAGCGGCGCCUUCGGCCGUGCGGGUGUCACUUCACAGGUAAAUAUUUCUUUGUGGUCUCGUGUUUCUUCACUCUUUACUUGUACAAUAUAAUAUUCAAUAAACUAUCUCAACC